AUGCCCUCAGACGAACUCGAGGAAAUCAGUGGCAUCAAGCCUAAAGUAUGGCUACCUGACGGCCAAGAACGCGAAGUUAGCUCACAGUCCAGCAAUUCAGUGUACAAGGUCAAACGAACGUUUGACCACUACUACUGUGUUUUCAUUAAAUUCCAUCAACAGGGCGGUUCACCAGUAAAUGCUCGCACAUGCAAGCAUCUCCGAGCCCUACUUGGUGAUGACUAUGAGCUUGCUCGCGUCAAAAUGAAGAAUCCAGAUGGUCCCCAACCAAAGCACACUACCAAACGUCAAAUAAAAUCUACAUCGAAAUCUAAUCCAACCGCAACCACAUCUUCAACGGCCAGCUCUAAGCGCAAGACGCGUGCUGCUGACGACGAUGAAGGACUUCAAGCGGACGAGGAAGAUGACAAACCUCCAACAAAACGAUCGAAAGUCGCUCCUUCAUCAUCGAAAGGCAAAGGAAAGAAAACUAAUGCAGACGAUGACGCCGAAGACGCCGAGGAUCAAGCAGAUGAUGACGAGAAUGAAAAUGCGCCGGUUGGGAAGGCUGUCCCAGAGCUUUUGCUCGCAAACAAGUGGGACCUUGAAAAAGGUCUUGACCCGACAGGUUGGUGGCUGUCCGAGAAGCUCGACGGUGUUAGAACGUUUUAUGACGGCAAUCAACUUAUCAGUCGACUUGGUAACCCAUUUACUCCACCAAAUUGGUUCCUCGACAAGCUCCCCAAGGGCGUUACACUCGAUGGCGAACUUUACGGGGGUCGAGGCAACUUCCAGUCGACCGUGUCAAUCGUAAAGACUGUCAACUCUGUUCAUUGGAAAAACAUCAGCUUCCAAAUAUUUGAUGUACCUUCGCGAGGGCAUGAGCCAUUCGAAGAGCGGUACAAGUUCUUACAAGAGACAUUCGGCGUUGGCGGAGUACAUGCAGCUGACCAGAUCUGUGUGGUCGAGCACGAGCUGGCAAAAAGUCGGCAGCACGUCCUUGACAAGCUGAAGGAAGUUGAAGGGUUAGGGGGUGAAGGACUCAUGCUUCGCAAACCUCAAUCCGUUUAUGAAGGAAAGCGCUCGGGAAGUCUCCUCAAAAUCAAGACUUUCUACGAUGCGGAAGCCAUAGUCACUGGUCAUGCACCUGGAAAAGGUCGUAACAAAGGAAUCACCGGAGCACUUAUGUGCAAGAUGGAGUCCGGAAAACUCUUCAACGUGGGCUCCGGUCUUACAGAUAAAAUUCGGAAAGAGCCACCCAAAAUCGGUUCAAUUAUUACCUAUCGCUUCCAAGAGUUGACAAGAGACGGUGUUCCUCGCUUCCCGUCUUACAUCGGGCUUGCUGUCGACAAAGAUAGACCCAAAGAUGCUGAAAUUCCCGAGCAUCGCAAGGCUGGAGCUGCGGGCGGAAGUGCAUGA